GGUCUCCUUUUACUUCUUCCCAAAAAUAAUGUCGAUUACGUGCAAUUCCUCCCCAAACAUUACAGCCAUAUGCUCUCCACAAUCAAGUACGGUUUGGUAUUCUGGUAGCAACUACGACAUAACCUGGGAUUCUAAGCAUCCCAACUAUAAUAACACUGAAACUGUGGAUAUCGAAAUAAAUUACCUAACCAAAGCCAACUCUACAGAUACAUUUUUAUUUGGAUUUUCUAACAUACCCAAAAACGCCUCAAACUUCAAGGUCAAUAUUACAAACAAUUGGUUCCCACCAAACAUUCCUCUUGAUCAAUUGAUGUACGAUAUUUAUUUACUUCCACAUAAUAUAAAUGGAAACAUAAUCAACGACACUGCAUUAUACAAGCCUGUUACGUUCAGUGUUAUGACUCCUCCUACUAUUUCACCACCAGAAGAAAGCUCCAAUACUCCUGAAGACAAUAGUAACCCCGACCACUCCAGUGGUUUAAAUACAACUGGUAUAGUUCUAAUUGCUGUAGCUUCUGCUCUUAUUAUUUUAGUAUUUUUACUUAGGAACAAGAUAUUCAAACCUCACAGUGGAGCAAACGGUGCUGGUCUUUUAUUCUUUUGUCCGUGUUAAAUAUUUAGUUACUUACAAUAUGUACUAUUUAUAAAUAAUUUUUUAAUUGUGGAAAUAUCUUCCAAAAUAAAGUAUGUAUGGUGAUACACUGUGUUUAUUUCAGGGAUCCGGCCAACAAUCCCAUUGUCUUAUUACGUGUGUUUUUCAAAGUAAAAAUACAAACAUAUGCGUUUCUUUUAAGGCAAGAUUUUCUUUACUAACUGGGGGAAAGUCUAUUCACAAAGCUUUAAAUUCUGGCAUUUGUAAUAAAGUACCAAAAUACGGCUUUUGUGCUUAUUGGAAAGAAAAGCGACAUUAAAAAGUACUCGGGAUGAUAUUAGACAAAACGUAAAUGACUGAUG